AUUACAUAUUGCUAUGCUCUAAGCUUAUUCUGUUUUUUUUUGUAUGAGUAACCUUAUUCAUUUAAUCUUCUAGAUUGAUAGGACUAGAGUUGAACCAAGUCCAAUUGAAAUGUUUAGAAUGUUUCAUGUUUCAAAGACCAAAGCUGAUCAGCCCGAAGAAUGGUCGACUGGGAAGGCAAAGGAACUCUAUCUAGAAAUGGAAGAUCAAAGACUUUUGGAGGAGAUGAUCAGAGAUGAUGGAGAAGAACCGCUGGAUGAUUGGGGAAUAUACAAGGAGAUAGUUGCAAAGCCUAAACAUGGCAAAAUUCGUGGCUUAGGUGAUGCAAUGGAACCACCGAAUGAGUUAUGUGCUUCGAGCAGCAGUAAGUCUUGCACUAAUGGUUCAUGCUUGGAACGUGAAAAAGAGAUUGGAGAACUGAAACAAGAAGUCGGAACUCUUAAGGAUGGGUUGGCUGAUAUGAAACAACUUGUUCAAGCUCUUAUUGCUAAUGUGGCACCAUCUUUGAAAAUGUCAAUUGAUAAAUCAUGGAUGCAAUUGAAAUUAUCAGAUCCAAAAUACUUCAAUGGAGUCGCAAGUUUCAUGGAAUUCGCUAUUAGUCAUGCUCUAGACUCAGAUGGAAAAGUAAGGUGUCCUUGUAGAGAUGAUAAAAACACAUAUAGAUUUAUUCUAACAACAGUACAACGACAUCUUCUGUACAGAGGUUUUAUGGAGGACUAUAUAGUAUGGGACAAACAUGGGGAGAAGGAAGAUAGUGAUAGCAGUGUAACAAGUGAUAGCGAGAACUACAAUGACAGUGAUAUUUCUGCGGGUUUUGAUCAGUGUGAUGAUGUGUAA